AUCAUGUGUUGAUUACCAGUUCUUUUUUUUUACUUUUGGGUGUUUUGAUAUUAAUUCUUCGUUGUAUUCAGUAUACAGCUUUUGCCAUAGCAGGAUCAAAAUUGGUACAACGUAUUCGUUCGAAAGCUUUUGCAUGUCUACUUCGUCAAGAAGUUGCUUAUUUCGAUCGAUCUGAGAAUAAUUCCGGUACGAUUUGUACUCGUCUUUCUUCGGAUGCAUCAACUCUACAAAACAUGGCUACUACACGAUUAGGAUUCAUCUGUGAAGCUCUUGCAAUAUCGUUUUUUGGAAUUCUAUUUGGAUGUUUCAUCAACUGGCAAUUAACAUUGAUCGCUUUUUGUCCUAUUAUUAUUCUUUUCUUAAUCAUCGUUGUGGAUGUGUGCUUACGCAAAUGGCUGAAUCAACAAAUUGAUCCCAUUAUUGGACGAGUAAGCACGCUUGCUGUUGAAGUUAUUCACAAUAUGCGUACAAUAAAACAGUUGUCGAUAGAAAAGGAAGUGCUACGACAAUUUCGUGAAUUUGUUCAUGAAGUGUAUAUACCUUAUUGGCAACCUUUGAUACUAUCUUCAGUGGCAUAUAGUAUCUAUUGGGCAGCAAAUGCAUACACUAUGGCAUUCUUGUGUGGGCGUGCUCUUGUCCUUUUUGAAAAGAACGAGCUUACCGCGAACCGAAUUAUAAUGGUGUUUGGUUUUGCUCUUUUUUCGUCGCGAGCGCUACGAUCCAUCGGCAUGAUGUCUCGGCAAAUCGCUGCAUCCUUCUCAGCUGCUGAAGCGUUUUUUAAUUUAUUUGAUCGAAAACCAGCUAUUGACAAUACAUCUACAGAAGGACAAGAAUUGGUUGAUUUUCGUGGAGAGAUAAAAUUUGAUCGAGUCAAAUUUAUCUAUCCAACUCGACCAGCAUCUAUUAUUCUUGACGAAUUUGAAUUGAAUAUCAAACCAAGUCAGCGUGUAGCUCUUGUUGGUGCAUCUGGAUGUGGAAAAUCAACAAUAAUUCAACUAUUGGAACGAUUCUACGACGUUACAAGUGGUCGACUACUUCUUGAUGGCAUUGAUAUCCGACAAUUAAACCUUCAGUGGGUUCGUUCUCAUUUCGGUCUUGUUAGUCAAGAACCAAUUUUAUUUGAUUUAACAAUUGCUGAAAAUAUAGCAUAUGGCUUAGAAAAUGUCCCAAUGGAAGACAUUAUAAAUGCAGCAAGUAAAGCUUGUAUUCAUCAAUUUAUUGAACAAUUACCUCAGGGUUAUGAAACAAAAGUAGGAUUGAAAGGUAGCUUUAUGUCAGGUGGUGAGAAACAACGUAUUGCUAUUGCUCGAAUUCUUAUUCGUCGACCUAAAGUAUUGCUCUUGGAUGAAGCUACGAGUGCCAUGGAUUCACACAAUGAACAAAUUGUACAAGAAGCUCUUGAACAAGCUCAAGGAGAAGAUCCUAGUCGAACAUCACUCAUUAUUGCUCAUCGUCUAUCAACUAUUCGUUCAUGUGAUUUGAUUUGUGUACUUGAUAGAGGACAUAUAAUGGAAAGUGGUACUCAUACAGAAUUGAUACAACGACGUGGAGCUUAUCAUGAAAUGCUGGCUCAAAACAAUUUAUAA